UUUAACAUAACGAGAUAUUCUGAUAUGAAAUUUUUAGAAAUAAUGCUUUAAUAUACUAGUUAUUAUUUUGUUUUAAAAUAGAAGAAGAAAGUAUGAUACAGUUGCUAGUACAUGUGUCGCUUUCUUAUUUGAUAAUGUUCAUGGGGAUAUAUUUUUCUUCCAUGCGUCAUGUUCGUCAGAUCCGCCAAUGAUUCAUCAGGUUCUGUCCGAAUACAGAGACAAACGUAGCAAUUCCAAUGGUUCUGGAAAUGUCGAGAAACGUAUUAAAAGGCAUCACCCGAUCAUUGUCUAUGCACGCCUCCCUAUAUAUCUUUCUCCACGUGCAUAUAUUUGCAUUUGUAUAUAGAGAGUUGCGACUUGCGAGUAUCAGUUUAGUGUUGCUUUUUGAUUUGACUGGGGAUAAACAUGAGUAAGAAGGAUGAAGAAUUAUCAGAAUACUUUUCGGAGAAUGACCAAGAUGAUGUGGAAGCUAAUAGCGUCACUAUGAGCGAUGACGAUGAAGAAGAAGAAGAAGAAGAAGAAGAGGGUUCUGCUCCAUUUUAUUCUCAGCAAUGGCCCCAAAGUUUCAGAGAGACAAUUGACUCAUAUACGAUUGCCGCGUCACCUGGUUUCGGACUACUUCGACGUGGAUCCAGUAUUAUAUCUGAAUUCGGUAGUAGAGGAUUCGUGGACUCAGAUGUGAAGACAUAUUUGCUCGCUGAAAAGGAAAAAAUUCAAGAGCAAAAUGUUGUGGAUGGAAUUUCAGUAACAAAAGCAUCUUGGUCAGAGAAGGCUGCUUCUUUCCAUGAGCAACUGACUGGGGAAUUUCAAAUUUCCUAUGGAUGCAGCUUAACUCAGACUAUAUUCAAUGGUGUCAAUGUCAUGGCUGGAGUUGGACUGCUUUCUACUCCUUAUACAGUGAAAGAAGCUGGCUGGGCUAGUUUGUUAGUGUUGGUAAUUUUUGCAGUCAUAUGUUGGUACACAGCUUCUCUUAUGAGACAUUGCUUCGAGAGCAGGGAAGGAAUCAUAACCUAUCCCGAUAUCGGAGAAGCUGCAUUUGGAAAAUUUGGACGGCUUCUUAUAUCUAUUAUCUUGUACAUGGAGUUAUAUUCAUAUUGUGUUGAAUUUAUAAUUUUGGAAGGAGAUAACCUUACUAGUCUCUUUCCCGGAUAUUCACUAAAUUGGAAUGGCCUUAAACUUGAUGCAAGUCACUUCUUUGGGAUUCUAGCUUCCGUAAUCAUUCUGCCAACUGUUUGGUUGAGGGACCUUCGUGUGAUAUCAUACCUCUCAGCCUGUGGGGUCCUUGCAACCAUAAUAAUUGUUCUGUGUGUGAUUUUCCUUGGUACGGUUGACGGAGUUGGAUUUCACAAUACUGGUCAGGUUGUGAACUGGAGUGGUAUUCCUUUUUCUAUCGGAAUAUAUGGCUUUUGUUACUCUGGACACUCAGUGUUUCCAAACAUCUACCAAUCUAUGGCUGACAAGUCAAAAUUCAAUGUGGCGCUUAUAAUAUGCUUUAUUCUGUGUAUUCUAAUAUAUGGAGGUGUUGCAAUAAUGGGAUAUCUCAUCUUUGGUCAAAGCACAUUAUCUCAGAUAACUUUAAAUAUGCCGGACAGUUCAAUUGCUUCAAAAGUUGCAGUAUGGACCACUGUUGUCAGCCCAUUCACGAAAUAUGCAUUACUGAUGAAUCCAUUGGCAAGAAGCAUAGAGGAGUUGCUGCCCAUGAGAAUCUCUAGCAGUUUCUGGUGUUAUAUUCUCUUAAGGACAGUUCUGGUCUUUUCUACAGUAUGCGUUGCAUUUCUUCUUCCCUUUUUUGUAUAUAAUGGAGAAUAUGGGUGUAAUAUUCAAAAUGAUGGAGCUUGAAAAGGAGAAACUUCCUGGAAAGUGUGCCAAAUCAUGAGCUUGAGCCGUUCCAUUCAUGUUUCUUCAGCUGUUUAGCCUAAUGUAUGAAGAUUAACAUGAUCAGAACUUAGACUUAGUGAUCAAACUCGCUGCAGCACUCUGAUGAAUACACUAAUGUCCCUCACUUGCCAAAACUGAUAGCUUUCAGAGUUCAGACUAUAAAUCAUUUAGUCCAAAUAGAAGAUGCACGCAGAAUCCUGGAUUAGAAAAAGUAAAACCAGUCCCCCAUAGUUAGAUGUUUGGGUGGAAAUCUCCACUGAUUAUUUAAUUUCUGCUCAACUCAUUCUCAAUUUUAAUUCUGAGUAUACGUGAGCAUCUAACUUCUGCUUUUCAGGCUGUAAUAAUGCCAGCUUUAUGUUUUCUAAAGAUUAUUGGAAAGAAAGCAACAAGAAC